CAGUGACCUGGGGAAUGUGACGGGAGUGACUGGGGUUAAGAUGCCAGACCCUGGCCAACUGGUUUGAAGUAAGGGCUGUACAGAACCAGGAAGUGUGACUCAGCCCAGAUCCCCCUGCUUCUCUGACAGUGCCAGCCUCCUUGUCUGUCGGGGGGGCUGCCGCAGCUCUGAGGACAGUAGCCCUCCCAGCCAGGCCCACCUACCUACGCUUGGCCCAGGGCACUGCUGACAAUUCAGGGCAGCCCAUGUGGCCCAACCCUUUCCACAGAGGAGGGACCCCAAAGAAGGCCCAGGUGGCCCAAGGCAGGAUAGGAGGCAGCAGGACCAGGGCCCUCAACUGCUCUCUCCUGCCCUGAGGCUACGGGAGUAAAUCCAGGAAGAUGAGGAACUGCCAGACUGGCUGUCAGGCCUCAGGCCAGGGGAGAGCAGUCCUCCCUCCCCAAGGUAAGGCUGCUCUGCAGAGCGAUCUUCAGAGUCACCCCGUGCCCUGAGCCCAGCCGUGGGAGGAGCCAGCCCUUUCCAGGCAUGGGGCUGCUUCCCGUUAACACACCCUCUAUCCCUUCCUUCUCAUACCUUAAGUCUUGGCUAAGGAGGGCCUGUCACAGGCCCCAGGACUGAGUCACCCACACUAGUGACAGGUCUCUCUUCCUUCUCCAACAACUGUUCCACAUGCCUGCCUUUCAAUUAAUUCCCACCCUCCUUGGGCUCGUCCCUCCCGGACACUUGGGGGGCAGGAGGGGGGUUGGGGAUCCAGGCCCAUGGGCUAGGGCCCCAGGCAGAGAGGCUGUGGGGGAAAAAAUGAGCAACGUGGUGACACACAAAGCAGGGCUGCCCCCAGAGAGUCCUCAGGGGAAUCCGAGGCUCCCCAGUGCCCUAGGGUGUUGGCCACAGCUGGCCCAAUCCUGGCCCGCGGAUGCUGCAAUUACCUAAGAGCAUGAAACCUGGCUUCCCACCUGACUGAGUCACCUGAAAACAACACAUCCCCACUGCCACACGCCGGCACAAACAGCCAAGCCACUAAUCAAGAGUCCGGGAGCUGCGGCGGAGAGGCCAGGUGAGCUCGGGUCCACCCGGAGCGGCCGCCGCCAGGGAAGCAGUCCAGGCGGCUCUAGCACCGAGAGAUCCAUCUCUGGCACCUCGGCGGGGCUGCCCGCACUCCGACUCCAGUAAGUGCUGCUUCUUCCUCUUGGCGUUUUUCCCCACUGCCCGAUCAAGUAACCAGGCCGCUCCUGUCCCUCUGGGAAACUCCUGUCGCCAGGAACUCCCACCUUUCUGCUCUCCCGGACAAAAGCACCCUCUUGCCAGGACCUCUUGCCACCGUCUAAGAUGCUGGCCAAAAGUCCAUGCUUCUAGCCCACUAGGGCUGUCCCCUGGUUCUUGCCAGUCACUGCUCCAGCGGGAACCUAAUGGUCCCCAGCUACUCUUGAACUGGGCUGCUGAGGUACCAGGCUCGUCUGCUGGCUCCCCUGGGUGCCAUGGAGACCUGGCGGAAAGGCUCCUUCCGCAACGCCUCCUUCUUCAAGUGGCUGAGCCUAGGGCGGCCGAGGCGACUCCGGCGACAGGGCAGUGUGCUCAGCCAGGCGAGCACAGCUGGUGGGGAUCACGAGGAAUACAGCAACCGAGAGGUCAUCCGGGAGUUGCGAGGGCGGCCAGAUGGCCGGCGCCUGCCCCUGUGGGGGGACGAGCAGCCCCGGGCCACCCUGCUGGCCCCACCCAAGCCUCCCCGCCUCUACCGAGAGAGCUCCAGCUGCCCCAACAUCCUGGAGCCCCCCGCUGCCUACACCGCUGCCUACUCGGCCACCCUGCCCUCGGCGCUCUCCCUGGCGGGCACCUUCCACCACUACUCUGAGGACAACCUUCUGGACACUCCCUCCUUCCAGGGGACACCUGCUCCAGACCUCAGUGAUCCCUUCUUCUCCUUCAAAGUGGACCUGGGGAUUUCACUUCUUGAGGAAGUUCUACAGAUGCUGAGGGAGCAAUUUCCGAGUGAACCUGGCUUCUGAAUGGGGUGCGGGUGGGCAGAGGUGGGGUAACUGGAAGAGCUGGAAGCCUGGAAAGAGGGUGCAGCUGCAGAUUAAGAAAAAGGUAGGGAUAGGAAUCCAGGAUCCUGCCUGCCCUCCGGGUCCUGAACAGUCCUCCAGGUCACCCCAGAGCGGAGGGACAGAAGGACAGAGGCAAGCUGGAAAUGCUGUGGAGGGGGCACUUGCUGGCAGGAGCCCUGAAGGCAGUUGGCUAGGCUGGGAAAGGGAGGCCACGCCUGUAACCACAGGAACGGGGCAGAGGCCAGCAGAGGGGGAUGGCAGCACAAGGGGUCUCAGGGAGUGGAGGCCAUGCAGACUGUGCAGGUCAGACAGGUGCCCUGCACCAGCCCCUCUGAAGCCACUGUUAAUAGACAUCACAGGACAGGACUAGACAAAAGUGGUCCCCCCCACUAGCUACAUGUGGCUGUUCACAUUGAAACUAAGUAAAAUUAAAAAUUUAGUUCCUUGGUUGCACUAGCCACGUUUCAAAUGUCCAACAGCCACACGUGACGAACGGCUACCACAUUGGACAGUGCGGGCUGAACAUGAACAUCACUGGAGAAAGCCCUAGUGGGCAGCAUGGGUCUAGGCCACAGCCUGGAGCCACGAGGGCCACGGUGGGCGAGGGGGACAACCAGGCCCUGCAGGGGAGGGGAGGGGCUGGCAGAGUAGGAAGAGCGAGGCAGGUAGAGGUGCAGAGUACAACUCGGGGAAGGCCAAACAAAUCAUUUGCCGAAGGGACAAGAGAGACAAGCUGCCAACGCUGCUGCCCAGAGCACGCCCUGAGCCCGAGGAAGGAGGCUGUAGGGACUGCCAGCCAGAGGCACAGGGGUGCUUGGGGGAGUUCCCACAAUUAUUAGUGAUGGGAACCCUUGGGAAAUGUAGCAGAAACAGUGGCAGAUUUCCCUUUCUGCCCCAAGAGCAUAGGAGAACCAGAUCAGGGGACGGACACAAAACUCGUGGCUGUUACUGUGAAGAAGCUCAGCGGGUCUCCGGAAUUCUCCACCAGGAUUGGGGAGCUCUGCCUUGCCCGGACCCCCUGAUGAUGGGGGCCUGCCGCCCAGGGCCAAGCCCACUGGUCAAGGCCAAAGGCUGUGCCAGUGCUCCCGGCUUGUGGCCUGGCCAGAAGACUUGAAACCAGAACCACACUGGCUGGUCACGUGGUUCUGACACGCUAGGCCUCUCCAAGCCUGGCAGAGGGGGAGAGAAGCUUCGACGCAUGCUGCUUGCAUACCCAAGCCUAUGGCCUCCCUCUUCCCUCCUCUGCGCGGACUUGCGGAGUUGAAAGCCUCCCCACCAGAUGCAGGAGAAAAUGAAUAAAGUUGUUUGUAACAUGGCCUAUAGAGUGUCAUCUGGGGCUGUGAAAUGCUGGGACUUAACAGCAGGGAAUGAGGUCUCUAAAGAAGGGCUCCGACCCGUUCAUCUUUCUCCUCUGCCCAGGAUCUGGGCCACACUCCCAGGGAGCUUCCCGUCCUCCCAGCCAGCUGAGGAGCGCACAGGAGAGCAGGGAUGGCAUGGCUGAGGCAAUGAGAGCAAAGCCCUGUGGACCCCCAGGGACCUCUCCCCCACGGGUUGGGCUGUGAGCAUGGCAGCCUGAGGCUCCCACACAGAUCCGCAGGCCAUUUCAGAGAAGGGACAGCUCUGGGCCCGAAGGCUCUCUGUCCCGCCAAAGUGGGGUGGUGUAACCAGGGCCAGGUGCGCACGUGUGCAGGUGCCGAACAGAACGCCUCACGCAGCCAUGAGGACCAAGAGCCAGCGCGCAGGCGGCGCCCCAGGGCCAGCAGGGGAGCCAGUGCUGAUGCUGAGGGAUUUGGCCUCUUGACAGUAGGCCCCUGCCGGGGCAGCCCCGGACACACCUGGAGAACUGAACCAGAGCCGGGUAGCAAGCAGCUGCUCACACUGCCUGCCCCUUCCUUCCCUGCGGCACCAGGCAGGCAGUCGAAAUGCCCAGUGCUUCACACCACAACCAAGCAGCCCGUGGGCCAGGAAAGCCCCUCUGGGCGAUGGUGGGAGCCCCAGGCGGAGACCGGGGGACAUGGAGGGAAAGGAAGGUCUAAGAAUUCUGUGCGGGGUGGGGUCCUGGCACUCAGAGACAGAAAGAGUCAGAACAGAAUCCCAGUCCUGUUCAGGUUGGCAAACCUGCCAAUCUCACUCUGCUCCUGACAACCUGGAUUUGGGAAGAAAGGGCCCUGAGCAGAGCCCAG